GAGUGCUGCCUGCAGCAGGCAGAGCUCAGUGCUGUCGCCGCCACUGGGGAAGCGACAGCGCGUGUGUGGCCGGGAGCGUGGCUGCGGCUCUGCCCUCGCGUGGUGCCUCUGCCCUGCCGCGGGGCUCCCAGCCGUCUUGACUCCCGUCUCCCUGUGCCUCCUGGUGCCACUGCCCUGAGGUGGGCCAUGGCCUCGUCCGCGACGCAGCAUGCAGGGGGUCUUGUGCUGCAUGCCGCGGCCGCCUGCGGCGACCUGGCCCUGCUGCAGCGGCGCCAGUGGCUGAGGAAGCUGUGCAUCAACUGGGGGGAUGCGGAGGGGCGGUAAGGGGCAGCCAGUGCCCACAGCCAGGCCCUGGCCCUGCCUGGAAACGCCCAGCCCAGGCGGAAGCGCUCUGGGCCCUGGGCCGGCCCGUCGUGGGCUGUCUGCCUUCAUGGCGUAUCUGGAAUUUGCAGGACUCCUCUGCAUUUUGCUUGCGCCAAUGGCCACGUGGAUGUCGUUCAGUUUCUGCUGAGGAAGAAGUGCAAGCUGAACCCACGGGACAACCGGAAGAACACGCCCCUGAUGAAGGCGGUAGUGCACAAGCAAGAAGGCUGCGUGGUUCUUCUGCUAGAGCACGGCGCUGACCCAAACGUCACAAAUCAUAGAGGCAACACCGCCCUUCACCUCGCUGUCCACGCUGGUAGCGUGUCUGUGGCGGGGAUCUUACUCCAGCACAACGCCCGGAUUGAUGCUCAGAAUGAGAUGGGAUGCACGCCGCUUGCUCUCGCAGUCUCCUGCAGUCGCAAAGAGAUGAUAGAGUUCCUUCUGGAAAAAGGAGCCAACGUGAAUGCGAGAGAUCGCUCUGGAAGGAGUAUUUGUGCGAUUGCUGCUGUUGCGGGGGAUACGGACAUGAUUCGACUUCUUCUUCGGCAUGGUGCCGAUCCUUUUAAGAAAGACUUCUCCGGCAAGUCAGCCAAGGAUUACUUCAAAGAGCACCAUAACAAAGAUUUGAAUGAGAUACUGGAGGAAGCCGCAAGCUCAGUAAUCCCGGGAGAGUCUCCUGGAGAUGCUGCAAAAGGCACAGCAGUGCCCGAAGGCUCCUGCCCGGUGACAACUGAUUACGUGCUGCUGCUGUCAACAGAGUACGAUGAAUUUGGAGAUGAAGGUGAAGAUGGAGGUUUCAAUGCUGAGGGGUCUGCGAAGGAGGAAGAAAACCUUCCACAACGACAGGAUGCUGAAACUCGGCUGCAUUUUCGGGACAAUACACAGGGGUCUGCGAAGGAGAAAGAAAACCUUCCACAACGACAGGAUCCUGAAACUCGGCUGCAUUUUCGGGACAAUACACAGGGGUCUGCGAAGGAGGAAGAAAACCUUCCACAACGACAGGAUGCUGAAACUCGGCUGCAUUUUCGGGACAAUACACAGGGUGUGGUCAGACAGCUGCCGCAGGAGCUUCCCGGUGCUCCUGAAAAGCAGCCCAAAUCCAAAGCUCCUCUUGAAGACCCGAUGCACCACCACGGGCGCCUGAAGGAAGAGAAGAGGCGUUUGCAGAAGGAAUUGGACAAGUAUAAAGCCAAGCUGCUGCGAUCGCAACAACAGUAUAUCGAGCGCUUGAAUUACGGAGUUGGCCUGCAGAUUGCUAUAGAGAAGAUGGAGAGGGAAGUAACAGCUUCUUGUGUGAAACAGCAAAGCGUUCUGGUAGCAUCUGCUGCAGCUGCGGUCAUCAAACAUCUGGAGGAGCGCGUGCAACGGCUCGAAGCUCAAAAUGCCAGACUGGAAGCCACGGCCCAGCAACAAGCCAUGAUCAUCGAGGCCCUCCAGAAAGAGCUGCAAGCCUCUGCCUCAUCACCGCCAAACUGUCAGUCGGCAGUGAUGAGAUGAUGCUGGAGCCAAGGAAGAGCCAAUUCCAGAAAGCAAAGAGCAGAUCUGAAGACACGAGCCUGGAAAACUCUGACUCCACCUCGUGCAGCUCCCCCCCGGCAUUUUGUUCCACACGUGCUGCUCCACCUUGCUGUUCAAUAAACUUUGCCAGCUAGUC